CUACCGUAACAUAUUUUGGUACAUACUACUUUAUUAGCCUUAUUUCGCUUCAUAGCUUGCUGUAAAGCUAGCCAGCUGUCGGUUCGAAACGGUGACCGAUAACUAAGCACUGCUCUUCGCGAACUUGUUAGAUUUCAGCAAUAAGGCAUGCUUACAGUUAACCCAGAUGACCACUUUGGCGGAUAGGGCCGUAGGCAGCUUUGGAUAAAAGCUGGUCUGUUAGUUGGACGGUGCUUGCCGAAGACGUAGACUCUCGCUUUAGGUUUCGUGCUUAGUAUGACAACUAUGCAGAGUUAAAUUGCCAAAAAAGCAAGCAAGAAUCCCGGCCGUCAACAUCCAACAUGAGCGGAAAGCAGCAAGAAAAUGGAGGUAGUAAGCUCGGUGCUCCCAAGUUGCCUCACUUCCCUCCACGGAAAUCGAUUACGACUUCCGUGCCAAUGUCGCCUUCUAGGCGGAAUAGAGUUGACCCCUUGCCGGGUGUCCCGGCAAGUCCCUCGGGUCCUGGGCGCCUUGACUCCGCCCGCCGGGGUCGGACAGGUGCCGACAAGCUAGCAAGCGUUGGCAGGCAGUACGAACAGCUUAAUGCUAAGGACACUUCGGGCGACGUCGAUGGAUUUGACAGCCCUAAGCAGGCCCAGACACGGGCGCAGAUCGCCAGGGACGAAGUGCGGUCGUACAUGCAGCAAAGGCGCCAGCAGCAACAAAGCCGGCACGGAUACAACCAGGCUCCUGUCGAACCACAUGCUGCUUCGCUCGACGACCCUGACGAUGCUGCCGGGGACAAGCACCGGGAAGUCCGCAGGGAGGUCUCACAGCAUGAUCCGCAGCAAGCAGCGAGUGGCGCAGCUGGCUGGCCGCAGUUCCUGGCCCAGCAGUGGGGCAGCCGAGGAUCGCCCCUCCGCCACGCGGCUGCUCCUGGCCUUGCAGACGACGAUGUGGCAGCUAGCAGCGCCGACCAGUCUCCAACACGCCACAAGCAGACUUGUGAGACCCCAGCAGCAGCAGCGCCUGGGCACCGGCUGACCAGGAUGGCAGCAGCGAACGCUCGGGACGCAGUUGUUGCCGCCUGCAGGAGCACUGGCGACGCCGCCGCAAUUCCCUCAGCUCGUGGCUCGUCUGGCGGCCUAAGCAGCGACGGCGUGACCGCUGUGGCUGCGUCAGGAGGGUCUUUGACGGAGGAGGCGUAUAACCUGUUCAAGAGGGAGGUGGCGGCGCGGGUGAUUCAGGCACACUGGCGCCGCUGGCAGUCAUGGAAGGCAAAGCUCCGUCGCGAGGCCGAGGAACGCAUCCUGCGACAGCUGCUGGAGGACGACUCGGGGCUCAGUCUGAAGCUGCUGCUGGGGAACAGCGGGGCCGCAGGAUCCAGCAGCAGCGCCCUGGAUGACACAGACCAGGGGAACCAGGUUGACCUGGCGACACUGCCCGCCGUAGCAGCAGCGACAGAGGCUGGGCGUCACCGAGAGGGAGAAGGUGUGGCACGCCCUGUCGCAAGCUCCGCGCAGCGGCAGAACCCAGUCCCCCAGUGUGCCCGUGGCAACGAUGCCCCUGCCGCCGCGAGCAGCCGGGCCGGCAAGGCGCGCCCCGCUUCAGCGGUUGGGCCUCCUGCGUCGCCGGGGGUGGUCAUCCCCGCACGACCUCGCACGGGAGGGCCUGUUGCCAGCUCACAGACCCGUGUGCAGCGCGAGCCGCAGCGAACGUCCGACCGGAAGGGGCGCAGCCAUGCGGGGUAUGAAGACAGCUGCGAAGAUGUAGGAGACUUCCUGGACGAUGGGGAGCUACGCGGACAAGAGGCAGACCGAGACUUGCAUAAGCAACACGUCCAACCCCAGAAGAAGCAUGCCGGCGGUCACGCUGUGUACACCUUUGUCGUCACACCACCCCCACGGGAGGCCACGGCCGCAGAGACCGAGGAGGAGCUUGCAACAAGCGAUGGUGGCGGAGCUCAAGGAGCCCCAAUGGCUGCCACUUCACGUACAGUAAUCCCCUCCUUGCCGCAGCAGCAUGUUGCACCCGUCGCGGCUCCGGAUGCGCAGCCGGAGGCUGCUACCCUUGACGCCGCCUCCUCAGACCGCAGCAGCCGACGUACCAGCGGUGCCGGCGAGGCACAGGUGCCGGGUUCAAGGCGGCAAACACUGUCGCAACAGCCCUCCUUGGAUGCGGAUGCCAAUCCGGCGAUGGCUUCCCCAGCCCUUUCCGCUAUAACCGGCAAUGGAGGAGACGCGGUGGAGCGUGGGGGUCCUGGCAAUGCCCCUGCGGCGCAGUCGCCGCUUGAGGCCGACUCACGCCCCAGGCCCGAACCCAGCCGCCGUGGUGAUCUAGAAGCCGCGAUGCGAACUGCCAUGGAAGACAAUCCAGCGCAGAACGACGGCCAGCGGCAGCGGCGGCUGCCUGAGCAGGGAUCCCUGGAUCGCCCGCAGCAACAGCAGCGCCAGGAAAAGAGGCCGGCGGAGCAGGGUGUUGUGCCGCAGCAGCAGGCCAGCAACAGCGGGCAGGAGCAGCGGGUGCAACCGCAGCUCCGUAACACAGACGACACGCAGGGCGCUGCUGCAUCCGCUACCCAGUGCCGGCCAUCCAGCCAGCCGCAGCUCAUGCCGCCCAGCCCGCAGCGUCAGGCACGCAUGGAAGCCCUACAGCGGCUGAAGCUCCAGGGAAGCCAAAGAGCCGGCAGCUCCAGCGCCGACGGAAGCAGCAGGAGUGUCUUGAACGACGUUCGUCUUGCAGCUGACAGCGCCGAGGGGGCCGCCGUUGGUCGGAGACGUGGUGGGUCCGAUGCAGGGCAGGGCCGGGAGCAGCAAGUCCGGGACCUGGAGCAGGUUCAGCAGCAGCACAGGCGCCAGCAGCGGCCUGAGGAGCUCAUGCCGCGGCAGGAGGGGCGAGAUCGCAAUGACAGUCGUCCAGCAUCACAACAGCAGCUGGAUCAGCAACGGGGCGAUGACAGGGCGGGCUCGGACAGGACCCGGCUGAAACCGUCGGGCUUGGAGCAACCUACAAACCACCAACCUUCUGCCCAGCCACUCCGCCCUCGCGAUCAACGUGAGGAGCUGCCUCAGCAGGACGCACCGCGGUAUCGGGAAGAGCGGUUAGAUCGGGAAGAGCGGGAGCCCCUGCAUGCAGCCAUGCGGGCUCCUGAGGAAGCCCGCAGACAGCCCCACCGGCCAUCCGCCGAGCCGCCGUCGCCGCUACAGCGGGAACGGCAAGAGCGCUUCCGCCGCUUGAUGAGCUCAAGCGAGCAGGACCUCCGCCCUCAGCCCUCUGCUCCUCCACCAGCCUCACGAGAAGCCAACGAGCACGACGCCGCAGCGCAGCAGCGGGGGGACGCCAGGCCGCAGCGCCUGCCUGAAACACGGCAACAGCUUGAGGGUUACGAUCCCCGCCGUCACCCAUCGAGAGGUGGGAGUGACGCCGGCGCCGCCGCAUCUGGUAAUGAGAGCUGCGGAGAAAGCGACUCUGGCGUGGCUGUCGGCGCCCCGCCCUGCAGGGUGCAAGGCGAUCAUGCGACUGCCCCGCGUCAUAGCCGUCCCUGUAGCGCUGCUGCCGCCAUUGGAGCUGCCGCUGAGAGCAACGCUGCCGUACCGCUACAGCGCAGCUACUCCGUACAGCAACCACGCGACGAUGCAGAUGACUCCCGGCGGCACUGCCCUACGGAUCAGGCGCUACAGCCGGACCCGCAGCGCCGGCGGACUACUGCAGCGUGGCCUGAUACGAGUGCCGGUGGGGCCUCACAGCAGCCCCUGGAGCAGCACCGCCGGGAGCAGGAGCCUGCGCCCGUUGGCAGUACUCGUCGUACGGCAGGCGGCGGGGCAGCUGACAGGCGUGACGGUGCCCUACUAGACCCCACACCUGCCCUGACUCCUCCUGCAGGAUUCCGUCCGGAUCCGGAUCCGGACGCUGGUCGGCGCCGAGGCGAGGGCAGCAGCCAGCUCGUAACCAAGGGCCACGCGGCUCCAGCGCAGGGCGCACCUCCCGCCCCCUCGUACCAGGCUGGUGGGAAGGCCACCAUGUCUGUGAUUCCUGUGGACGACAGCUUGACCGCUGAGAAGAUGACCUCCAUCCUGAAGUACCUGGAUGAAGUGGAGAUGCAGGCCGAGCAGGAAGCCACAUGCGCGGCCGUGGCGCCCGCCCUGCUCAUGCGAGAGACCUCCACCGCCGCCGCCCUCGCCGCCGCGCUCCUGCCGGGGACCAGCAGCGGCGUUGGCCACGCACACAGCCGCAGCCACAGCCCUGGUAGCGCAGGCGGCGGUCGCCGACCAGCCACCGCCUCCUCUGGCCGCAGGGUCACGUCAACGUCCCGGCCUGGUACUGCGGCGACAGGCAGUUUGCAUCCUGGGCUGCAGAAGUCGGUUGCUGCCUUGAGUGAGGCUGCCGCCGUGGGCCGUUCUAGGCCUCGGUCGGGGCACCGCCGUGCAUGCAGCCCGUCUCUGGCGGACGGAGCUGAGUCGGGGCUUGACAACGACCGAGACGAGGAUGGGGACUUCGACGAUGAUGGCGCAGCCUCCGUGGGCGGCUUCAGCGCGGCAUCAGGGCUGAACGGCAGGCCCGCUUUCCUGGCCGAGUCGGUGUACGAGAGCGUGCGCGUCAAAAUCCGGAGGCUACAGGACGAGGUACGGCAGCGCGACGCACGCGUCUCGGAGCUGACACAGGAAGUGGAGUCCCUGCAGGCGGCUCAGCGCACCUGCCUACUGGAGGCGGAUGCGCGGCUGUCGGAGCUGCUGGCGGCGCAGCGGGCCGAGUACGAGGCGGCGGUGUCGCGCCACCUGGCCUUCGUGGACCGGCUGCUGGCGGACAAGGAGGCGCUGGCGGGCCGGGCGGAGCAGCUCGCAGAGCAGCUCAAGGGUGCCGAGGAGCGACAGGAGCGGGCCAUCGGUAAGCUCAAGGAGGGCUGGGCGGUGGAGCUGCGGCGGCAGAAGGAGGCCUGGGCGGCGGCGGAGAAGCAGCGGCGGGAGGCUUGGAUGGCAUCCAAGGCAGCGGAGAUCAAGGACGUGACCGUCAAGGGGCUGGAAGGCGAGGUCCAGAAGCUGCUAGCGCGGCACAAGGCUGAGCUGGCGGCGGCGCAGCAGGCGGCGGCGGAUGAGGCGCGACGGCACCUUGACAGCUACGUGGCGCAGAACGAGGUGGCAGUGCGGCAGCUCAAAGAGCGCAUGGCACGUGAGCUGGAGGAGGCGGUGGAGAAGGAGCGGUCCGCUGCGGCCACCCGGCUCCGGGAGGUCAGCGAGCGGUACGAGCAGCAGCUGCAGACCCAGCGCAUGCGGCUCGUGGCUGAUGCGGACCUGCGGCUAGAGCAGCUUGAGCAGGCCAGGAAAGAGGAUAAGAAGCGGUACGAGGAGGCGGUGGCGACAGCCAAGGAGGCGGGAGAGACGCGGCAACGUGAGGCGGAGGAGGACUGGAAGCGAGAGAAGGAGGCGCUGCGGAAGGCGCACGACAAGCAGAUCGAGUCCCUCCGCGAGCAGUACGAGACGGGCCAGGAGGGCUGGCGGGCCGCCAUGGCUGAGCGCGCGCGCAAGGAGGUGACGGAGCGAGUGGCGGCCAUCCGGGAGAAGCUGCUGCAGGAGCGGAACGAGGAGGUGCAGGCGGUGAUGACGCGGCUCGAGGCGGAGCACGCUUCUGCGGCGGAGGCGCUGAAGGAGGACUUCCGCAAGCGCGAGGAGGCGGCGGCAGCCAAGGCGGCGGCUGCGCUCAAGGAGGCUCGCCGAGCGGAGGCCAAGAUGGCGGAGCGUUUCCGUACGGCAGGGGUGGCGUCGCAGGCUGCAGAGGAGCGGCUUGCGGCCAGCGAGCUGACGGUGCAGGAGCUGCGACGGGAGCUGGAGUCGCGCAGCAACACCAUCCGCUGGCUAGAGUCACAGGUGAGCGCCGCCAAGGAGGAGGCCGCUGCUCGCGAGCGCGACGUGCGCUCCCUGGGCGCCGAGAAGGCGGCGGUGGCUGCCGAGGCGACUGCGGCGGUGACACGAGAGAAGGAGCUGGUGGAGGCGCGGCUGGCUCAGGCCCUGCAGGAGACCCAAGACCAGCGCUCCCGCCACAGCGCUGAGAUGGCGGCUGUUGAGACGCGUGUGCGCGCCGCCCUUGCUCGCAAGGACGAGGUGAUUGCGGGUCUGCGGGAGCAGCUGUCGGCGCUGGCUGCGGAGCUGCAGGGCACGCAGGAGGUGCUGCGGCAGCAGCAGGAGGAGCUGGGCAGCGUGCUGGAUGGAGGCGAGGAUGAUGAUGAGGGGGAUGUGAGGUCGCGUAGGGGUGGGCGGUACUGAGAGAUGCGGAUUGCCGAGCAGAGGCGGAUGGAGGCGGUGGCGUGGAGGAAAUGAAUGUUGGGCGGCUUAUGCCGCUGAUUUUGGGCAAUGUAUGUUCAUAGUAUGUAAUACGGGUGCUGCCAGCCAAGCACUGGACAGGUGCGCUUUACAUGAGCGGGUUAGGCUUGCAAACCCCUUUAUAUCGUACAGGACUGUCUCACUGGGGUUAAGGCCAGGUUUAGUGAGAAGCACGUGCCAACGCGAUCAAGGUUCGCCAACCGGUGCAUAAUGACCGCCGAAUACAAGGCGCCCUUGCUCUGAAAGCGUGGGAGACUCUAUAUCAUGGGCAGUAAUGCGGGGGGCGCUGGAAAAGAGCAGCCCCAACAAUCUGGUUUAAUACGGUUAACAGACAUUAGUGACCGUGACGAUCCCUCAAAUACUUUUGAGCCUGUACGCUCGUACAUAACAACCCAUAAACCGAGUACACCUUGUAAAAUCCUGGAUCGUACUCCGGGUAUACUACGUGUUAGCUCUGGAAACGUGUACGAAUACCGACACCCAA